UGUCACUCGUUUUAUAGCAUCGUCAUCGUGCCGAUGUUAUGUGUGCAAACAAGGGUUGUGAAAAUUACGCGUUCAAUCGAUUAUCUCAAGUGAAAAGUCCGCGGCUACCGUGAGAUAACGCUAGUUUGAAUCAAAAGAAUCACUCGUUGAGCAUUUUCCCAACCCGACAACUGAAAAGUGACGUCAUGUCGCGCAAAUGUGCCGUCCAAGGCUGUGACACCCUGUACGACCAGGACCCGACCAACGCCGAAUCGCACAGCUAUCUCGACGCCGUGGGACCGUCCGGCCCGUGGUCGGUUUCGGGCAUCAACGUCACCCCGUCGAGCUCCAAGGAGAUCUUCAUCUGCAAACGACACAUCGAAACGGCUAAACGCAAGGUGCAACCGCCGACCAAGACGAUGGCAACGAUGGCACGACCCGAGUACAGGAUAGGGCCGUCGUCGAGUGAUGCGAGUGCUGCGUUACCGGGGUACUGUCGGCUCUGCUUGACGGAGGAUGGUCCGAUGGUGGUACCGAAGGAGGCUAAAGUUUUCCAACAGUUGGCCAUGAAGAUCACUGCUUGUCUGCAGAUUACGGUCUCUAUCGACGAGCUGCGCAACUCGCUGAUAUGCAAAAAGUGCUACGAAAUGCUGGAACAAUCGUACCAGUUCCGGUUGCGUUGCUCUCGGUACAACGUUUACCUGAAGAUGCGCAAAUCGCUGGAUCCGGACAGAAGUCAACCGCUGCGUUACAAGGAAAACUGGUAUUGGUACUCGUGCCUAGGAAACAACCUCAGGUCCGUGUACUGGGGUUGCAGCGUGGUCUGCUGUCCGGCGUACAUCAUUACCUAUCCGAGUGGAAAGGUGUUUGAAAACUUUGCCCGACAUCAGCACAAACAGAAGCUGGACGAGGUCCGGGUGGUUUGGAGCGGGGAGUUUAUCUACGACGGAUUCCGGUACAGCUUUGACAUGAUCAACACCAACCGGACGUUGCAGUUCAGCUGUCGCAGCUUGAACGACCCGUACAAGAAGUGUGGCGCGACGCUGACAUCGAACGAUAAGAGCGAAGUAUUGAGUUACACUGAGCAUAACCAUCCGAUGGAAACGAUUUUGGAGUCUGCGCUACGAGAAUCGGGAACGCAUGAGAAGCGCUCGGUGACCAUGAUCCGAGGGCAACAUCUUGAACUGGUUGUUUGUCUUGGGUUUUGGUACGGCACCAUGGCCGAUCAUAGCCGAAUCUCCAAUUGGGAUUGCAUUCGGCCAAACUGUACCGGAUCGAUCACCAUGACCGAUGGCGUUAUGCAGCUUCAUGGCGGACACAACCACACGCCUGUUUGGCUCAAGUGGGGCGCUGCGGCCACCAAAGCAGUCGAAAAUAAGGUACCGAUGGUCAUGAAGAUCGUAAACUCUUCAGCCCCAAAACAGCAGCCACCACAGGCCAAGAAACAAUCACCGCCGGUGCAUGUGGUCAAACCGAACGCCAGUCAGCCGACAGGACAGAUUUCCGUUCGAAGCGUCGUUUCUUUGUCCCAGGUGCCAAGCCCGGUGAACGUUAAGCUCGAGCAACCGGAGCCGCAAAACCGCGAGAUCACAAUCAAGGGAGAAAUCAUCGAUCCAGAUUACACGGAGUUGGAAACAUCCGAACAGGAAGCCGUCGAAUUCGUCCUGGAAAAUCCCAACGUUCCGCUAAUCGUAACAACGGCCAACAUCGCCAAUCACCAACCCAAACCGCAGGCUGUCGGCGGCACCAUAAUGAUUCGUCAGAACCACCCAAUCAAAAUUGUCCGACCAGCUCCUCCCCCCGAACCCGUCUUCAAGCGAGUUGUACCCGUCCAGCCAGCUGCCAACCCGGCGCCCCCGAUGCCCAAAAUCCUCAACGUCAUGUCCCUGUCCGACCAGCCCAGAGCCGUUCCCGUGCCGGAACCGCUGGUGCUCACCAAGAACGAAGACGAGCCCGGCGGCGAGGAGGAAGACGAAGCCGAGACCAUCACAGACGAAGUGAUGCCGGACUCCGGAACCGUUCACCGCUCGCAGCAACCUUCGCCGGAGGCGGAACCAUCCGGCGGUGAGUUGCGUCCGAUGAUGCUGGUCUCGUCCGGGUCGGUAACGAGCGACAACACGCUCAAGGUAACCGCGCUGGACCAGUUCUCAAUGGAGGAGUUGGCCGCGGAGGAGCAGGAGGAUGUGCAGCAAGAGGGCGAAACAGCGAGUGCCCAAGUGGAUGAGGACGACCUGUGCGACCUGAUGGACGACGAGGAAAUUCCGGCCAUCAUCCCGGUUGACAUUCAGCUGUACCAGGCCACAUACACGUCCCCUCCUCAACCGACCUAUAACAAGCCCGCAGCGUCUGAACAGCCAAAGCGACUGUCCAACAGUGCGCUGUCCGGGAAACCAUCUGUCAGCAGCGCUGUUCCGGCAUCGACGAAGAUCGCUGCCAGACACUCGCUACCAGCCCCGGUACAGCACAAGACUGCACCCCAGAAGAGUGUCAUUGCACUGAAGCGACCUCUGCAUCCGAUAGCCAAGGUCGCCAAGUUGAACGAUAAAGAGCCCGUCAAAAGGAUCGGCUCGAAGGUGUUCCAGAUACACAACACAACCAUCAAGAAGUUCAAGGCCGAUAGUACGACAACUCCGCAGAAACGCCCUGUCGUAUCGGUGUCGCAAGCUAACGCUUCGGCAAAUAAGGAACCUCCAGUGGAUCCGAUAGCCGUUGCAACCGAACCUCACGAGCUGAUCGACGCCAACCAGAACAGCGAGGCUGCUCCGAAAAAGCAAACGGUUACGCUCGUAAAGCCGAUGCAGCGCCAGCUAAAGGCGGUGGCGGCCAAACCGACCCCAACAAAGCCGAACGAACCAAACGCCAAAACCGUCCAGCUAGUUAAGCUACAAAAGUCCGAACAGAUGCUCAAUUACGAGGGUCACCUGUACAAGAUCAAGUGGAGCAACGACAACUGCUUCUACUGGGACUGUAUGCUGCGGGAGCAGGUUAGCUGUAUGGCGAUUCUCGAGACUCCAAGCGAGGCGGCAGCCUCCGGCCAAUGGGUGCGGCACGGCACGCACAACCACAAGAUCCCGAAGCCGAUUGCCAACGAGGACUCGAGCGGACGGUACCAGAUGUUCAACGCAAACACGGGCAUCACCAAGAUGAAGCCUCCGUUGCGGACGCUGUCGGCGGUUGAAAUUGAGGAACAGAAGGGCCGAAUGAUGUAUCUCAAGAAGAAUAAGCUGCUUUCGUACUCGGUCACGAAGACCGAUGCCAAGUUGGUACUGAAUUACGCCAAUUUUAUCUACGACUUGCAGCUGGAACAGGAAACAGGUUUCAGAUGGAAGUGCACCACGUGCCCGAGCAUGCUGGAUACGGACGAGAAGUUCAGCAUCGCCAAAACGGUGGGCGAGAUGCACAACCACGGGCCGAAGGUGCCGGUCAUUGAUUUGGCCGUCGACGAGACGACUGUUGCUGCCGGUACGGAACCUGUUCCCUCGUUGGAUUCGACGACACCGGUGGUGAUCAGUAGUCAGGAGGGGACAAGCGAGAAAGAGGACGAGCAAAUGGCUGAAUCUGAACGGGAAGACAAAUCAAAUGACCAAGAUCCGCUGAGUGAGCGCGCGUCGGAUGCUUCAGACUACUUGGAACAGAGGAAUGAAUCGGCUGAUGAUGACAGUUCGAGGCAGAGUGAGAAAUCCGACUCGAAAAAAACGCAGGACAUUCCGAAGAAGGUAAAACGAGUUUCGACCGAGGACGUUGUUGCGACAGAAGUCGUGCAUGUAUCAGAACGGGAAGACGGUUCCGAUGAUGAAGAGAUGGUACUGGAUUCGUUUAGUGGUCAAUUAAUUUCACUCAAAGAACUGAGACGUAAGGAAAUUAUUGCUAAGGAGGAAACAGUAAAGCAAAGAAAGAUGACUGAAAAGAUGAAGCGCUUGGAACUAAAGAAACCUGCUCCGGAGGAGAAAUCCGACGACGAAGAGUUGGUGUUGGAUCCAUCGAGUGGUCAACUUAUCACAAGGCUGGACAUGAAACGACAAGCAAACCGAGCAGCUUUGUUGGGUGAUUUGGAAGAUCAGGACGAUGACGCUACGGUGUUGGAUCCGUUGACAGGCGAAUUCAAGAGACAAGGUGAUCUGAGCUCGACAAUAACGACAAUAGCGGCGGAACCAAUGGAGACCGAAGAAAUCAAAGAGCUCAACCCAACCAAACCUCAAGAAGAGCCUCCCAAAGAGGACUUUGAAGAGCUUCUUUCGGCGAACAAGACAGUAGAACCAGCUGAGGUCGUGGAACCGCAGAAGAGUCCACCAAAGCGGAUGAAGAAGGGCUCUGCGGCCAUGCUCAAGCUGAUUGCCGAGCUGCAUCAAAGCUUGCUGAAGGCAGAUUCGGAACGGAACUUUGAGGUGAUUCCCAGACCGGAAAAUACCUGCUGGAUCAAAUUCAACGAGUUUCCUUACAUGCUGGAGAAGCUACAAACCAACACAUCGCUCUGGUGUUGUGCGCUUCCGCCGCAGUACGCAUGCCGUAGCAAGCUGGUCCUGGACGAUUCCCGUAAAACGGUAACGACGAGCUACGCUUCGCACUGCCACGCGGCCAACCAAGAUAUGUUCGACGCUCAUAAGCCCGAGGAGGAGGGUGAAAUACGCGACACUGACCAGGAAGAGCCUCGCAAGUACACCUUCACCAAGCAGCCGGACUUUGUCUACCAACUAAAACUGGACGACGACUAUCUGUACAACUGCUUGACCAUCUCCAAGACCGGCGUCAGCUGCUGGAGGUGCGCAUCGCGACAGGAGCACAACUGCAAAGCGAUGGUCACAAUGCAGGGCGAUUUCGAGUCGAUGACGCGGAAUCGGUUCGCGCACUCUCACGGGGUUCCUGGUGCGGCAGAUGAAGAGGAAGACGUCAGGGGCGCUGAAGCGGGAGAGGGAAUGACCGAAGAGGAGACGGGUUCGAAGGGAAAGCGCGAAAGUGUCGGUGAGGAGGAUGGAGAGGCCAGCCGGAAGAAACGGAAGCGGCAGACGCUCUGAUUGGACGGGGGUCGAGUAGGUUGUGACUUUAUCGAUCAUAUGGACCUUGUACAUAAAGAAAGAUCUUAAAUUUUACCUUGGAUACAUGUUCAGCAAAUAAAAUUAUUCCAAAAUCA